UUCCAUGAUCCACUUCAUUUUUAUUGGAGGGUCAUUCCCCAAAUGGGCCCACACCAAGUUAUAUAAACGAAAACAAAACAAGAGAGCUGCGUAGAAAGAAGUAACGUGCGCGAAAAGGAAAAGAAGAAAAGAGAGAACCGUAGCGCGGUCGCAUUAGUUGCUGCUUUUAUUGUUCGGUUUCCAUAUUUCGUAAUCGGUGUUGAAAAAGCAAUAAGCUCAUUCAUUCAUUCAUUCUUGUCUCUGAAUGCAUGGAGCAAAAGAAUUCUCAAACAAUUUCCACUACUUCUUCUCAUGACAAUAACAUUUUGGAUCUUUUUGGCCACUACCAGUUUGAAAAUGGAUCAUCUCAGGUUUUAUUUUUAGAUGUUAAUCAGAAUGAAAAAGGUGGAACUUUCCUUAACCAUUCCUUAAGCUUCUCAGUUGAAAAUUUUGUCCAAACACUUGCUUCAUGCAAUGGCUUAAUUCUCUUCUCAGGUUAUAGUAUUGAAUCUAUUGAUCAAUCUUGCUACUAUGUCUUCAAUCCUCUCACAAAACAAUCUACCAUGAUUCCUCAACCUUGUAUACAAGGAUAUGUUGUUAGUGUUGGUUUAGCCUCUAAUGAUGAUAAUAAUCAAUUUAAGAUUGUGCUUAUUGAAGAAAAUUCUUCCAAAUUGAUUAAUGGACUAGAAUUUCAUAUUUUCUCAUCUGAUGAUGACACAAACAAAUGGAACAAGGUAAGCCAUUAUAUCGAUUUGACUUUGCCUUCUUUGCCCGAAAUCGAGUUUAAAGAACUUUCGAUACAUCCUCUUUACUCAAAUGGUUCAAUUCAUUGGGAAAUAGGUGGAUACUUAUUGGUGUAUAAUGUUGAAAAAAACAACUGUGAGUUGAUAGAACUGCCGAAUUUUUUCGAAGACUGGUCAUGGCAAUCGACGAUGACUUAUCGUCGAUGUUUAUGUGAAUCGAGAGGACGUGUUUACUAUUGUUAUACUGAUUUUGAUGGUUUUCACAUUUGGGAGCUUCUUAAGAAGAAUCAUAAUCUUGGGCUUGGGCCAUUCUAUGAUUCCAAAAAACUUAGAUGGAAAUUAGUUCAUAGUGUCAUGCAUGAAUUUUUUCUUUCCAAGCAUCAAGUUUUUUGUGACACUUUAUUUAAAUGGGAGCCUUAUAAGAUUGCACCUAUUGCUUAUAGUGAAAAAGCACAAACUAUAUAUUUGCAGAUUCCAGGUGCUGUUGUUGGUUAUAAUUUUGAUACAAGAAAUUUGAGAUCAAUUUGUAGAUAUUCAUAUCAAGAUAUGAACUUCAGUUGCUGCUCAUUUUUUUCUACAUUUGCUUUUGGGACUCACAAUGUGCUUAGAGGAAAGGACUUGGUAACUAAUGGAGAAAUAAUGGAGCUGAAUUUACCAAUAGGAGAAAUUGAAAAGUUGUCUUUUUAGAUUAAGGUUUGGUGAUUUUGUUUUGUAAAGAAUUCAAUUAUGCUACUAUAGUUAUUUUCACAUUUUGCUUGUUAAACAAUUAUAUAGGAAUGUUUGUGUUUUGAAGUACAUUUAAACUUGAUACAAUUAGACAUUAUCA